ACUACAUAUAUAUACAUAUGUAACAUAACAUAUCACAUUAUUUUUUGUCAUAACACAAACAUGGAUCAUCAAAAACUACUCUCUCAUGAUUCCUCUUCCAUCCCUCUCAUUGCUAGACUCGAUCAUUUGGAAUUCAUUAUGAAAUAUUUAGAAAGAAAACAAAGAUGUGGAAACAAUGUUGUUAAUGGGGGUGCUGAUAAUAAUAAUAAUAAACAACAAUCUUCUGAAUCUUCCAUUAAAGAAGAUUACUUUAAAGGAACAUUGAUGGAUCGUGUUGCCUCUCUUGAAAACAGGCUUUUUCAGCUUUGUGUAGAGAUGGAUUCAAGUGGAAGCUCAAAUCCUCUGUCUGUUGCUUCCACACAAGCUUCUGGUGAGUCUUCAUCAAGCCAAGGAUCCAAGGGAGAAAUAAGUUACUCAUUUCCAACCUUCAACAAUGUCCCUAAUCAUAAUGGUGACAAACAAAUAAUGCCUCACAAUCAUAAUAACACUACUCAAUUCAAGGAAAAACCAGAGAUUGUGGAAGAGCCUCAAACGAAAAGCACAUGUUCUAGUAAUAAGCAACAAGUGGUGGUGGCAAAGAAUAAUAAAGGGAAGAAGAGUGAAAAGAAAAGCAAAAGUGAAAAGAAAAUAGUGCCUUCUAUUAGUUGGCCACAUUUAAAAUUACUAGGCUGUUAA